AGGAAAUGCUUCUGGCUGUCAGCAUGUCUUUAGCAGUGCGGCUUUAAGAAGCCUCUGCACAGGCGUAACAGUCAUUUGCAGAGCUUGCUGUUGCAGCCUGCAGAAUUCUGCUUGCUCAGUAUUUCAGUCGUAAGAAGACAGGGCACACACUGCACAUCUUCCUGAUGAGCAGACCUGAAGAAACUUCUUCCAAUUAUUCUCUUUUUCUGGUUCUGUGGCCUUUACUGAACAGUAAUUGAAACUCGUGUGCAAUGGGUUUCUUCCCGAACUUUAUUCAUCUGGUUAGAAGGAUGCUGAUGAUUUGAUGACAGGACAGUACGGCAGUCUCACCGGUAAUUGAAUUGGGAGACAAAGCCAAAGAAAGCGCUGAUAUAGAUGAAGAAAUGAGGCACCUUUCCAACUGUGAGUUCCCAACAAAAUGCCAAGACGAAGAAACCUUCUCACUGCAAUCCUCAUUGUUUUACCCUGGACCAUACUGCUGACUAUUUGGCAUCAGAACUCAAGAGAUUUUUAUUUUGCCGUUAAGAGAAAGGAGCCAGACAAUGGAACAAAAAGAGCACUCGUCAACAGUUCACAAAGCAAAGAAGAACAGGGUGUCUGUAUUCACCAUCAGGCAGCGAGCACUCAGACCUAUAUCAAGCUGGAAUAUGUUUACACUAGGCCGCCCCAGUGGUCGCAGUCCUUGCCAACCAUUUAUGUGGUAACACCAACCUACAUCAGACCUGUGCAGAAAGCAGAGCUGACCAGACUAGCUAAUACCUUCCUCCACAUACAGAACCUGCACUGGAUUGUGGUGGAGGACUCGCCCCGGAGGACUGGUUUGGUUGCACUGCUACUGGAGAAGAGUGGACUGAAUUUCACUCAUUUGAACGUUCAAAGUCCAAAAAGUGUGAGGUUGGGCCUCACUAAAUCAUCGUCGCGUGCUCCAAGGGGGACCUUGCAGAGAAACCUGGGCCUCCGCUGGCUGAGAGACAGACUGAUCCCAAAUGAUUCAUCAGAGGGUGUUGUUUACUUUGCCGAUGAUGAUAACACCUACAGUUUGGAACUCUUUGAAGAGAUGCGAUUCACUAAAAAGGUAUCGGUAUGGCCUGUGGCUUUUGUCGGUGGGCUGCUGUACGAAUCUCCCAAAGUGAACACUGCGGGAAAAGUCGUCGGUUGGAAAACUGUCUUUGAUCCAAAUCGACCUUUCGCUAUUGAUAUGGCGGGCUUUGCAAUCAACGUUAAACUGAUACUUGAGAAAUCUUCAGCCAACUUCCAGCUGUAUGGCGUCAAGGGAGGAUACCAGGAGACCAGCUUGCUGCGCGAACUUGUAACUUUAAGAGAGCUGGAACCUAAAGCUUCAAACUGCACUAAAAUCCUAGUCUGGCACACUCGAACUGAGAAACCAGUUCUCAUUAAUGAAGGAAAGAAUGGAUUCACUGAUCCAAGAGUGGAAGUGUGAUCUGUACUGAGACUGAAGGCAUUUCCUGUAUCUCGUGAAGGUCUUCUGCAGAUUGGCCUAUACCAUGACAAUGUUUCAGGUCAUACAAGUCUUCUGUAUGUGUAAGAAGGGACUGCAGACGCUGGUUUAAACCGAAGAUAGACACAAAAAGCUGGAGUAGCUCAGCGGGACAGGCAGCAUCUCUGGAGAGAAGGAAUGGGUGACGUUUCGGGAGAUGCUGCCUAUCCCGCUGAGUUACUCCAGCUUUUUGUAUCUACCUCCAAGUCUUCUGUAUAUUUGAUUGAAAAUAUCCUACUAAAUCAUUACUGUACAGUGUGUUUUAAAUUAUUACUUGCUUCUAGCUGAUUAUUUUCACCACUCUCCCAGAUAAUCCACUUCUACAGAACUGGAUUUGGAGAGUCACCAACAAGAGGAUAUAGCUACGAGAUAAGAGGCUAUCCGUUUAAAACGGAGGCGUAGAGGAAUUUCUUCUCAGGGGGUAGCGAAUCUCUGGAAUUUUUUCCCCAUGAGCGUGAAAAUGGCCAUAUCUUUAAAUAUAAUUAAAGUGGAGAUAGAUGCAUAUUUUGAAAUUAAGGGCUAUGUGGAACUGGGGCAGUAGUUGAGGCCAGUAGAUCAGUCAUGAUCAUAUUGAAUGGUAGAGCAGGCCUAAAGGUUUUGGUAGCUUACUCCUGCUCUUAUUUUCUUGUGGCCACAACUUUGACAAGAAUGGAUUUUUCUUCCAAAGAUCUUUAUAUUGAUGGAAUGAGCAUAUAACCUUAUUCUACAAAGGAGGGCAGGGAUCGCAAUUAGGUACCUGUUUAUACUUGAUUAAACAUAAAUCGUAAUCUAUUAAUAGGUGAACAAUCAACAUUCAGACUCGGCUGGUUUUUUUAAACCCAGUUUCCUCUUUCAACAUAGAGUACAUUAUCUUGCUGCACAGUUGUGCCACAAGAGAGCUACAGGCAAAGCCAGCAUUUUAUUGAACAUCCCUAAUUGCCCUUCAGGAAGUGAUGGUCAGCCAUGUUCUUGAAACACAAUGUAGUGGCUGCAGCACAACUGAGCCUUUACAGAGGACAUCAAAAUGGGGGAAGUGUGGAGUCACACGUGGGCCACACCAGGUAAGGACAGUAGUGAACCAAAUUAAUUUUUACACAAAGUAGUUGAGCAUAUCAAAUUUUCAUAUUAUUAAUUAAAUAUAAAUUCGACAGCAGCUUUGACGAGAUUGAAUUCAUAAAUCUGUUUACAUUUUGAUGUCCUUUGUAAACAGGCCUCCUGACCGCUAGUCUGGCAAUUUAACUACAGUGCUACUAUUACAUCAAUUGCAUUAGCACGAGGUCACUGCUGUUCCUUUUGGUCAAGAUUUGGCACAUUGCGAGGACUUGAACAUAAUAGAAGUCUUGUUUUAAUUUUAGUUUGCAGACUUUGAUGAAAUUUUACAUUAACAGUAAGCAACUUGCAAUAAUUAUACAAUGAAGGGCACUGAAAUGUCAAAGGAAGGCUUAUUAAAAAGUCGGAUACUUUUGAUUUCCCUUUUAACAGUUGAAUGACUGCAGCCUCAUCCCAUUCAAUUGCUUGGCAACAUAGCGCCGCACUUAACAACACUAAAACAAUCGAAUAUAGAGCCAAAACAGGAGAUUGCGAUCUCGGCAGGUUGUGUGGUAUCUUCACAGAACAUUAACUUGAUGAUAUUGGCAUGUUUGUUUGCUUCUGCACAGCAUAAAUCUAGGUGUAGUUGUUGCCAAGACCAACAUGAUUGAUCUGUAAUAUACAGCCAUGAAAUUUCAGAUGAUUUCAAACUGUGCUCUAAAAAGCAGAGUAAGCAUGCCUAGGUGAGGUGCACAAAACAAAUAAUCAAUGAUAUGGAUAGAAAAAUAUCCAUUUUAUUGAAGGCCAAAAAAGCUACAUUGAAGGAUGAACAUUUAAAUUGCUGCAGAAUUGAUUUAAACAAGAUAUUUUAUGCGUACAAUAGAUCAAUGUAUGCAGUGAGAGAGCUGGAUGAUGGAAGCAAAACAUUGUGGAUAUUCUAAAUAGAGCCAGAUACUCUAGUGAGAGUCAAACAUUCCUAUUUCCUUGCCAGCAGGAAUCAUUUGAUGGCAAUGCUACAAUGAGAACUUAUGGCUGCAAUGGGAAGUUGUUAUUCCAUUUCCCUUGGCUGAAAUUAAGCCUUUCGUUCUUUCGCCUGCUAACUAAACAAAAUCACAUACGCCAUUCAAAGAUCCUCCUGAUCAGAAAAUAGUAAUCUUCCUUUGCACAAUUUCAGUAUGUAGUUAUCAGCGCUCGAAUAACAAAACAAGUACGUACCUGGAAAUAAGAACAGGCAGUGGAGAUUCUUACCGCAAUUUUAAUCAUGUUAGUAACUUCAUGAAUAAAACAAAAACACUCUUCAUUGAAUCAUUAUGGUGCUGAUCCUAUCUGAGCAUCCGUUAACCCAGAAACAUUGCACAAUGUAACCCAGAGUCUACGAUGCAAGACAUUUUGUCCUUUUUUUUCACUUCCUUCUACUUAAAAUAUGUUGGCAAAAAAAACAUAAUUACAAGCUGAUUUGACGGCAUUUAAUAACAAAAA